UUACUUCAUCUGUUUAAAGAUUUUUACCAAAACUAUGUGGUUGGAUUUGCAACAAAGGACAAAGAUGUUCCAGUUCUCCUGAUGAGUGUCUUUUUAAUUAAUCACCCUUCUACUGGAUUCCAUAUAUAGAUCAAAAAGGAUAGAUGUUCUUUAUAAAAAUCAGUUCCCAAAACAUAUCUACUAUUCCAUCUUCUAUUUAAGUUCUCCUCAAUCUAUUUUUUUUAAUCCUAAUUAAUUAUUGCAUGCAAGUAUGGGAAGCUGCAGAUAUAUAAUGGAUCCUCUAGUAGUUGGAAAAGUGAUUGGAGAUGUUAUUGAUGACUCAUUCUCCCCAACUGUAAAGAUGGUAGUGACUUACCCCCAGAACAAACAUGUUCAGAAUGGUCGAGAGUUUUAUCCCCCUUCCUUAACUGCUAAACCUAGAGUUGAAAUUCAAGGUGGUGAUUUGAGAUCUUUCUUUACUCUGGUCAUGACAGACCCAGAUGUUCCAGGUCCUAGUGAUCCAUACUUGAGGGAACAUCUCCACUGGAUUGUGACAGACAUUCCAGGAACAACAGAUGCUUCAUUUGGAAGAGAAGUGAUAAGUUAUGAAAUGCCACGGCCAUAUAUUGGGAUUCAUAGGUUUGUAUUUGUUCUUUACAGACAAAAAAACAGACAACAAUCACUCGCAAUCAAUAGUACUGGUUCUUCUUCAUCAGCGUCAGCUUCAGCAUCAAGAGAUCAAUUCAGUGUUAGAAAAUUUGCAGAAGAGAAUGAACUUGGCACUCCUGUUGCUGCUGUUUUCCUCAAUUCCCAGAGAGAAACCGCCUCAAGACGUCGUUAAUUAAUUAGUUAGCAUUGUCUAACUAGAUUAAUCAUCCUGAUUUACUUGAUUCCCAUAAUAACUUUAGAUUGAAUGUUGUUUCAAUAAUUGUCUUGUCAUGAUGAUCUAGCCACUUAUUUCUAGCUAGGGUUGGUUGUUUUUUCUUUUUUCCAAUUAUGGAAUCAAAGGACAUGGGUACGUAUUUGUGUGUAUUUUUCCCUUUCGGAGUGCAAACAUCAUUUCAGUUCCUCCUGUCCACAAACUCAGGUCAUUGGUAGGGAACUGAAUCAAGUACUA